GUUACCCCGUUAGGCAUGGAGAGGGCGGCUCGGGACGGAGGUAGACGAUAUGAGCCGUCUUGCAGAAGAUUCCGUGCUAACGGUGUUAGAGAGUACAUCUAUGGUGCCCGGCCGUUGCAGGCUGCAGCUACCAACCUUCCCCAACACGGCGUCUUCUCCACACGCCCUGCUAAAUCCAAUCCAAAGCAGAACAGAUCCGCCGCGCGCGGCAACCAAUCUCCCAUCUCUUGGAUCGCUCGUGGUGGAGCGAAUGCAGGGCAUCGUUUCUACAGGUGCAGCGAGAGAGAUGGUGUACUUUGUGGAUUCAUGAGAUCGAAAGAGGAGUACAAGGUGAAUAGCGUACGAGGUGAUUUGGGAAUAGAGCUGCUGCCGGAUUUCAUUAUCGAGGUGGUGCUGUUCUUAUCUGUCUGAAGCUUACACGUAUUUCAGCUUGGAAAAGCUAGCACAAAUGUAAAUUUGGAAAAGAUAUUCGGGAAGUCGUAAUCCUGGGGGGAGGGGGAUGGGGAAUGUUAGUUACCAUCCAUCUUGAUGUGGUGUGAUAAUGGUUCCCAUAGUUUUCCAUGCUAGUAUAUAUCAUGGUGUUUUGAGCCAUUGAUUACAGUUUAGCUUGCACCCCGUACAUUUGGUGUGUAAGACUGUAAGUGAUUGUCAUCACUCUGCGCUUACUAUAUUUAUUUGUGUGUAAUCCCAUGUGAUGACACUA